UUAUGUUUAUAGGCAUGUUUACCCUAACCCUACUUUUGUACUAGUCAAAUGAAAGUUUUUCUGUUGCCUAUUAUUGUUCAUAAUUUGUAUAAGGUUUUUCGUAAUAACAAUCCAAUAGCUUUCAUUUAUUUAAACAUUAUGACCAGUAGAAAACGGCCAAGCAACAGCACUUCGCUACAGCGUUCAAACAUUACCAAACUAAUUGAUAGGUUACAAAUGGUGGAAAACACUAUUCAAUUUGCUGUUGCUGAAAUUGGUGAUAUUAAAAAAGAGUUACUACUUUUACAAGAUGGUUCUACGACCUGUGACGGUGUCAGUGAGACAGCGUUAACUGGAGCUAAAAGAUCGUGUUAUAAUUUUUCAAGAGAAAACGAAUUUGUUGUUGUUUAUACAGAUGGAGCGUGCGAAAAUAACGGUAGAGCAAAUGCGAAGGCCGGAAUAGGUGUUUGGUUUGGACAUAACCAUCCCCUAAAUAUUUCGUGCCCUGUUAAAGGACGACCUACUAAUAAUACAGCCGAGAUACAAGCAUGCAUACAUGCUAUUAAAACUGCUCAUGCAAACGGCAUUCGAAAACUGAAAAUCAAGACUGACUCGGAGUUUGUAAUAAAUUCCAUGACAAAGUGGAUUUUAAAAUGGCGUACCAACAAUUGGAAAGUUGCUGGAGGAGGUGAUGUAAAGAAUAAAGAGGACUUUGUGAUUCUUGAUAAGGAAAUCAAAUUGUUGGAUCAAGUCGUUUGGGAACAUGUGGAUGGUCAUGUAGGCAUUGAAGGUAAUGAAGCAGCAGAUAGGUUAGCAAAGGCAGGUGCCAAUCUAUACAAACCUUAAAAGUUAGUGAUUUUUUAAUUUUUGUAUCAAUAAAGUGGUAAAUCUGUUCAAA